CGUUGACAUGACUGACUUUUGUAACCUUAAAAACAGUUGUCAAAUUCACAAAACGCCAAGACCUUGGGAUCAUGUGAUUGUUUUUAUUUCCUCAAAAUGUAACAACAAACGUAACCGCAUUAUUUAAUUAUUCGAGCGUUAGGGAGCGCUUGUCAAAAAAUUGACACCUGUCAGAAAUUAGGGUUAGUUGUAAACAAUUUGGACAAAAAAUAAGAUAUCGUUAUUAUUUAAAUCGGCACGAAGGCCUGGUUGUUGGCAAUGACUUGUCGCAUAUGUUUAGUGAAGGUGGAACCCUCGAAAAGCAUCAAUAUUUUUACCAAGGGCCGGUCGGAAGAACUCAUUUCCGACCUGAUCAUGAAUUUUGCUUAUGUUGAGGUAUUUGAAGAUGAUGAUCUCCCCAAAACUAUCUGUCAGGUUUGCCUAAAACACUUGAGGGACAUUUAUGAUUUCAAAGACUUAAUUAUAAGAUCAGAUGAGCGUUUGAGAGCCAAACAGGACGUGUCUUCAGGUAGUGAAUACAGUGAAGAGUCGCUUGAUGAUAACUCGAAAUACCAACCAAUUGUGCAAAUUAGUGAGGGGGCCCCUGUUACUUUUGACUCGGAUAAUGACAAGAACAACGAAAGUGUUGGUUUGGAAGAUGGUUUAUUAAGUAAAGACGAACCAAAGAGGCGGAGAGAGUAUAAGUGUGACCAAUGUGCUCAUUCGUACAAAAACAGAUACAGUUUAAUUUUACAUAAAACAACACAUACGGGAAAAUUUCCCCACAACUGUGACAUUUGCAAGAAGGGUUUUCCCACAAAUUGGGCCAUGAACGUCCACAGGAGGAUCCACUUCGAGGACAGACCGUUCAAAUGCGAGAAUUGUGAUAAAUCAUUCAAGAGCAAAAGCGCCCAAAUAAUCCACCGCAAAAUCCACCUAGGAAUCAAGCGUUACCACUGCAAAAUCUGCGCGAAAGGUUUUAUCCAAAUCGGUGGCCUAAGGGCCCAUGAAUACACUCACACGGACGAGAAGCCCCUAAUUUGCGAAUUUUGCGGCAAAUAUUACACCUCAAAGCGGGCCCUGGACAGGCAUUUUCGCAACCAUAAGGGUGACCCAAGCCAGCCGUGCCCCAUUUGUGGGAAACUGUACGCAGGCGAAGAGAACGUAAAAAUCCACCUAAAGACCGUUCAUGCCCAAGAACGGGUGCGUUUCCCGUGCGAAGUUUGUGAUAAAAAAUUCUCAACUAAAGCAGUUUUGAAAAUCCACAUGAGGAUCCAUGACGGGGUGAAGCCCUACUCCUGUGACAUUUGCGGCAAAAGCUUCAGGCAGGCCAGCGUGGCCACGUUACACAAGAGGGUACAUACGGGAGAAACGCCUUUUCCGUGCGCCUUGUGCGAGAAAAAAUUCGCUUAUAAGCACCACCUCAAGAAACACGUGGAGAGAGAACACCCACGGAAGGAAUUAACUUAGUUUGUCGAUUGAAUAACAACGUAAAGAAAUAAACAAUUAUAUUGUAUCAGCCUUUGAUUAAACAGAUCAUGAUUGGAUUAACAUACAAAACUGAAAACUCAAUGUAACAAGGGCACAGUUUCUAAAACCUCCACAUCCCAACCAGAUUGUAGUCCAGUUGAGGGUUUAAUACGACCAGCUUUAACUUUCUUUGAUUUUCCAGUUGACGGUUUGAAAGCAACGGAAACAACAUUUUGUAAUUUUGCUUCGUUCUUCUUAGCAACUUUUGCUUUAACUGGAACUUCUUCACUUUCAGGUGUUGGGUGUUUGCGUUUCUUGCUUUUCUUUCCAACUUCUGACACCUCUGGGACUAAUUUUUUCCCAGUCUUGGAUUCAGUAAACGUAGAAACUUUUUCCUUCUUGGUUUUUUUAGCGUGCACUUUUUGUUCCACGGUUUUAUCUUCAUUCCCUUUUUUGGAUUUUUUAGUGUGUGACUUUUUCUUUUCGCCAGUUUCGUCGUUUUCAUCUUCUGUGUCCUCGAAAAGUUCGCCGGGUAAAGUUUUCGACAAGUAGUUGCUAAUGGAGAAGAG